ACCCAGGCUUGUGUUUGCCCUGCUCUGUGUGUUCAGGCUGCAAACGGGGAAGCAGAGGGCUUGGCUCAGUCUGGCACUGGGCACAACCAGCUCAAGACACAGGACCUGAGCAGGAGCAGCUCCAGUGACACCAGGGGCCUGGAGAGACUCCCAGGAGGGGGCCAACAGGAACGAUGGGUAACCAAAUGAGUGUUCCACAGAGAGUUGAAGACCAAGAAAGUGAAUCAGAAGCGGACACUUACAAGGUGACGUGGGACAGUGAGUGUGGUCAGAAUGGGUCGGCAGUGAUCGUGUCCACCCACACUGUUCAACACUAUGAUGAAGUCGAUCUGGGAAUAAGCAUGAAGACGGAUAAUGUGGCCACUUCUUCCCCUGAGACAAUGGACAUAAGUGCUACGGCCAGUGCCAACGGAAAGAAUCUUGGGAAAGAGGCCAAACCCGAAGCACCAGCUGCUAAAUCUCGUUUUUUCUUGACGCUCUCUCGGCCUGUACCAGGACGUCCCGGAGACCAAGGCUGGGAUUCAUCCCCGGGAUCAGCGAAGCUUGAUGUCAGCCCCAGUAAAGCGCCACUGAACAAAGACCCGAGUGAGAGCGUGGCGCUUCCUGGGGCAGCUGCACCAGGGCCCAACGCGCAUAAAACCCCAGAGCAGACCCCAGCCAAGGACCAGGCCCUCUCUGCCACCUGGGCUCCAGCGCCUGCCCCACCUGAGUCAGGGGAAACAGCCCCCUCCAAGCCCAAGGACUUGAGCUUUUUCGAGAAAUUCUUCAAACUGGACAAGGGACGGGAAAAGGCACCAAGUGACAACCAACAGGAAUCCAAGAGGACAGAGCACGAAGACGGGGCCGAGGAGACUCCUGGAUUAUCCGAGCAGCCUGCUGGAGUCCCUGCAGCAGAGGACGCAGCUGCUGGCGAGGAAGAAGGAGAAGAAACUGGAACUUUGAGUUGCUCUGUCCCUGGCGACCCAGAAGAACCAGAGGCUGCAAAGGCAGACGCCCAGACAGCAGACACAACUGAGAUUAACAGCCCCAUCAUGAGUUUCUUUAAAACCCUGGUUUCACCCAACAAGGCGGAAACAAAAAAAGAUCCAGAAGACACGGCAUCCAAAGUAGAAAGUGUGUGUGACGGACACGCUGGUCAGAAGACUUCCGAGAUCCAGGCCAAAGGCACCAAGAAAAAGCACCUGGAUAGCCCCAGGCUAGGACUCGCCUUUAGAAAGCUCUUUAGGCAUAAGGGUGCCGAGAAAUCACCCACCACCUCCCCGGACCUCAAGAAAGACACAGCAAACUCCGUGCCCUCGGGGACCCCCCGGGCCGCCAAGAAUCCUAAAGGCUGCAGCCCUUCAGCUCCGCCGCAGCCUGAGACACUGGCAGAGACUGCAAAGGAAGGCACCAAGGAGAAGGCAGGACCCACGUCUCUGCCGCUGGGCAAACUCUUCUGGAAAAAGUCAGUAAAAGAGGAUUCAGGCCCCACAGCCCCCACAGGUGCAGAGGAGAAUGUAGUGUGUGAAGCACCAGUAGAGGUAACAGAGUCGGAGGAAGCCUUGCCGGCAGUGGAUCUCAGUGGAGAAGAGGGUGCGCCUGAAGAUGCAGAGGUCAAACCCAAAAGAGAAGAAAGGAAGGCACCGAGAACCUCCUUCAUGGCGCUUCUCAGACAAAUGUCAGUGAAAGGGGAUGGAGGGAUCACCGACUCGGAAGAAAUAAAUGGGAAAGAUUCCAGCUACCAAACCUCCAACUCCACGGAGAAGGCCAUCACGCCACCAGAGCCGGAACCCGCGGGAGCAGCCCCGAAGGGCAAAGAGGGCUCCUCGAAGGACAAGAAGUCAGCUGCCGAGAUGAGCAAGCGGAAGAAUAGCAAGCAGGAAGCCGCAGCAGCCGCCCAGUGCGCAGAGCAGGCCGUGGUGGAUGGAAACUCGCUGCAGAAUGGGGACAGGGCCCAGAGGAGACCUGAGAAGCGGCAGCAGUCCCUUGGAGGCUUCUUCAAAGGCCUGGGACCCAAGCGGAUGUCGGACGCUCAAGUGCAAACAGACCCUGUGUCCAUCGGCCCCGUCGGCAAAUCCAAGUAAUCAAAUCUCCACAGUGCCCUCCGGGUUCUCUCAUCCCCCAUCUCCUCCCCAGACAGACUCCAUGUACAUAGCUUUCCUUCGGAUGCCCGUCCGGUGAAAUCCUGCCUACAGAGACAGCCCGGGCUGUGAUUGUAUGUUGUGGGGCACGGUUUUUGUCUCGGGUCCAGUCUUUCUGGCAAGCAACAGUCGAGGUGUUUUAGCAGGUGGACUAGUCAGGUCAGAAGGGUUGAGGAGGGGGUUGGCAUGCGUUUGGGUUCAGUUUGAUAAAUGGUGGAGGCGAGUGAAGUGACGGAAGAAAUACACCAGUGAGAAGGAAUGGAGUUCUGUGCUGGACGCACACUCGCACCCUCAGCCUGGGGAGGGGAGGCCAGAACCCAUUUGUCUGAGUUCACGUUUCCAGGACAGCGAACACAGGCUCUGCAUCGGGCAGUCGCCAAUUUCCGGGAAUGGAAUGUGUGGCUAUGAAGAAGCAAUGAGUAAGAAUGGCUUUUUUCUAACAGGGUCUCUGAAAGUUGCUGAACAGAGAGAAAUGGAGAGGGCUUAAGACGAUUGGAAAAACAAUUGCUUAAGAGGCUCAGGGACAAGGACCAGUGUGACAGCUUCAACAAAUAAAGGAAGUUGCAAGUUUACCACCAGGGGGCGCCAGGGGCUCCUUUAAUCCUGCCUCCUUUAGCCUAACACAGAUUGGUCCUCUCCUCAAGGCUGAGGGACUGGCUUCUCUGUUCUGUCUGACACUUAUCUCAGGUCUGUCUGUAACUUCCUAAUGUUCCCAAGAUGUGCUCUGAUAAAACCUCUCCCUAACCCCAGUUAAUAAAAAUUUACAGAAGAUUAUUCAAA